CCGCGUAGUCGAUCGGUUCGUGUAUAUUUUUCCAUUAUCUUCUCCUUUUUCAUUCGAAGGAGAUUUUUUUUCAUUUCGAUAUCUUCUCGAGACGUCGUUUAAUUUCUUCUUUUUCUCUAUCUUCAAUUAUUCGAUAGAAUUCUAUUCAAAAAGGCUCACGAAAAUUUAUGGACAUUUUUUUUCAUUUAAACUAACAUGAUAUAUAUUCUCAAUCGUGUGUGACGAAUCGAUUUAGAGUAAAGAAGAAGAAGAAGAAGAAGAAGAACAAUUUGAUCCUUCGUUUAUUCACUAUUAACGAUGUUUUUUAUUUAUUAUUAUUAUUAUUAUUAAAUGAACCUAUAAAUAAAUUUGUACGUUAGAAAAACUUGAUCGUUCAUAGCUCUCUUUUAGUUUAGAGUGAUAAAGUGAAAUAGAAAGAGGGAGAGAAAAAAGUGAUUUGGGAAUUGUUAUCAAAUUGAGAAUUACAGUGAUAGAAGAUAAGAGGAAGGUAACAAUGUCGAAGGGAUGGGAAGAUCGAUUCUUCUUUUGCAAUUAAUAUUUUAGAAAAUAGUAGUCUUCACAUCGUGAAAGAAGUGUAAUAUAUAUUACAAGAGAGAAGAAGAGAGAGAAGAGGAGCCAAGAGAGAAAUUCCAUCUAUCUUUGCGCAGAUAUUAACGCCAUAUUACGAGCAUCGAUGAGAAUCAAUCUUUCAGAGGUCAUCACGGAGGUCAACCGCAAUGAAGAGAUCGAUACGAGCGAAUAAUUAAAGAUGCCACAGAACGGAGGAAAUACUAUAAAACGGAAAAUUUACAAAUUUUAAAUAACAAAAAUUAAGCUCCCAUACUCGAACGAUAUCGUAAGAUAUAUAUAAAAAAAAAAGACUUUUUUCAUAAUAACACAUCCCGAGAAAAAUCAGAGAAGUAGCUGGGAUUUUGGUCUUUAAUGGCGACCGAAAACAUAAAUCUACUUAAAAUAACUAACCUAUAGGGAAAAAAGGAAAGCGAAAUUAAAAAGGGAUAUAAAAUAGAAAUAAAAUUAUUAUAAUAAUAAUAAGAAAAAGAAGAAGAAGAAGAGAAAAGCGAAGGUCAUGGCGACACCACCGGACUCGCCGGGACCGGAAGAGGCUCUUUUCGAGUUCGAGAGUACGAGGGCGAGACAACAAACCACCAGACCGGUAGCCCUCGAGGAACUACUCAGACAGACCAAGUUCUCGAGGCAAGAGAUUCGUGUUAUGUAUCGAGGCUUCAAGCAGGAAUGCCCGGAAGGCUUGGUUCACGAGGACUCCUUCAAGGAUAUAUACGCAAAAUUCUUCCCACAUGGCAACUCCAGCCUCUACGCUCACUACGUAUUCAAGGCUUUCGACGUUAACUGUAACGGAGCCAUCAGCUUCAGGGAUCUUUUGGUAACCCUGUCGACCCUUUUGCGUGGUAGCAUUUAUGAAAAAUUAAGAUGGACCUUCAAAUUGUAUGACAUAAAUGGGGAUGGUUGCAUCACGAGAAGCGAAUUAGGAGAAAUGGUUACGGCAGUGCACGAACUCAUGGGUAGAAGACAUCAUGCGGAAGAGGACAGAAAAGCUAGGGAACAACUGGAUAGGGUCUUUAAGAAAUUAGAUCUUAAUCAAGAUGGUGUUAUCACUAUCGAGGAAUUCAUCGAGAGUUGUCUUAAGGAUGACGUGAUCACAAAAUCAUUAGCAAUAUUCGACAGUGCGCUUUGAUCUCCGGCAGAAGAGGAAAAGUCGGAGGACGAUGUAUCUGGAAGAAAUGCAAUAGCACGUCUGGCACAAACGGCACCAGCAACACCGCCUCCUUCACCACCUACACCGCCUACACUUUCACAAUCUUUGUCGCCGUCGCCGCCACCGCCUUCCUAUUCCUUGUUACCACCGAUACCUCCGCCUUUACCCUCGCAACCACCACCAGGAUAUACUGUACAGGAUCAAGAACUUUAUUUACUUUUGGCAGCUCAUUGGUGGAAUCAACCUGAAGCUCCUCUUUUUUGUUAAAGACGAUAACAAAAACUGCAACUGCCUCCAGUGCAAUGAAAUGUAAUAAAAUAUACGUUUGACGAAGCGUUAUUUAUUAAAAGAAGAACAACAACAAAAUAAAAAAGGGAGUAAGAGACAACUUUCAAAAAUUAGAAGUAGCUUGAACGAAGUAAGCAAGUAAGAUCGCACGAGUGUGGAAAGAUUCGAUUUCAAUUAAUCGAAUUUAAAUUCAUCGCUCUCUUCUAGAAGAAAAUCCUAGGAUAUAU